AGUCUCCUGACAUGGAACUCUCUCUCUCUCUCUCUCCCUCUCUCCCUCUCUCCCUCUCUCCACUUUCCAUUCUCCAUUUUUUAGGUUGGGUUCUGGUUAGCACAUACCAAUACAAACUUCCCUUUUCUCCGAUUUUGCCGCCUCUUUCCAUUGAAACCCCGCCUCCUUUUCUUCAUCUUCUUCUUCUGCAACUUCCAUGGCUUCAUGGUACCAACUCAAGCACAAAUGAAGCUUUCAAAAACCCCAAAAAACCCAUUGUAGUUACUAAAAAACCCAAUAAUGCAAUGUAUCAAAGUUCUAAACUUUAUUCAGAUUACCUCCUCUCUCUCCCCUGUUUGUCCCACAGAAAAAGAGCAGUCUCUGCCUUUCUAUUCUGUUUACCUCCCUCACUUUUUGCUCUCCUCCUCCUCUUCCUUUUGGCUUGCAAUGGCUUCUCUGUUUUCUACAUUGACGUUCCCCUUCCCUCCAAUUUCUCGCCGGAGAGGGUCACCAGGGAGAAAAAGGUCACCUGGUUGUCUUCUUCGUUGAUGCAUGUGGUAAAGGAGGAGGACCCACCUUUGAUUUUGAAAACCCACUUGCCUCUUCUGCACAAACCCUACUUUUCUGCAGUACCCAUUAACAGGUCUUGGGGUCUUAGGCCAAAAGGGCGUUUGGGGAGACAAAAAUCGAUGGUUCUGAAUGUAGUAGAUAAAUCAAGAAGGUUUUCGGCUGAAGUGAAGGAAUUUUUCAAGAAUUCAAAGUGUAAGUCUCCCCGGUUCUUCAUGACUUGGAUUUCUUUUAUAGAGUUAUUUGGUGAAAGGGAAUUGCUUUCUAUUGAGAGUUUGUUCAAGUCACACCCAAAUGCUUGUUUGCUUAUUGUGUCAAAUUCAUUGGAUUCAAGAACGGGAAGGCUGCUUUUAAGCCCAUUUUUAGAUAAGGGUUUCAAAUUGAUUGCACUUAAACCUGAUUUCGAUUCCAUAUUCAAAAACACUCCUGCAAAACCAUGGUUUAGUGGAUUGAAGAAAGGAAAUGUUGAUGCUGGUGAGGUUUCUUUGGGUCAGAACCUCUCCAAUUUGCUUAGACUUGCUUUGUUGUAUAAAUUUGGUGGUGUUUACAUAGAUGCAGACGUUAUGGUGUUAAAGAGCUUCAAUAAGUUAAGAAAUGUGAUUGGGGCACAGGCCAUUGAUCUCGAAACCAAAAGUUGGAGCAGAUUGAAUAAUGCUGUGUUGAUUUUUGACAAGCAGCAUCCAUUGUUGUAUAAAUUCAUUCAGGAAUUUGCCCUUACUUUCAAUGGUAACAAGUGGGGUCACAAUGGUCCUUACCUGGUUUCAAGGGUUGUGUCAAGGGUUUCCGGCAGGCCUGGAUAUAACUUCACUGUGCUGCCUCCGCCAGUGUUUUACCCAGUAGACUGGAGUAGGAUUCAGAGUCUUUUUCAGGGGCCUAGGAAUGAGGUCCAUUCAAAGUGGUUGUGUCAGAAGCUUCAACACAUCCGCAGGCAAAGCUUUGCGGUUCACCUAUGGAACAGGCAGAGUAGGAAGCUUAUAGUUGAGGAAGGGAGCAUAAUGGAUCAAAUAAUGUCAGAUUGUUGCAUCUUCUGCAAUUUUUCACGGCCAAGUUUGUAAGUAUGCAGUAUAAAGAUAACAACUUCCAUCGCCUUAUUGUGUUUUCCUCUUUUGGAAAUAUGUUAAUGCUGUUAUUUUCUUGUGGUUAUGUACUGACUUGGUCCGUUCCACCAAUAUAUAUUGUUAAUGAAAAUCAUGAAAAAUU